AUGGCAGCUUGUUCCAUAUCACGAGUCAUGAACCAUCUUCUGAUCCAACUCGUAGCCUUUGCUUGGCUUUCUGAGUCUCCUGCAUGGGCGCUCAGCAAUGCGUUUGAUGUCCGAGAAGCUAGUAUCGACAGUGUGCACAAUGCCUUGUUCACCCAAAUCACUACCUGCAGAGAGAUUGUCUCGGCGUUCAUCGCGCGUGUCGAGGAGUUCAACCCAACUGUCAAUGCCAUCAUCUCGCUGAACCCAGAGGCGUUGUCGAUCGCGAACAAGCUGGACGAGCGGAUUGCCGCCGGCAACGUCACGGGCUCGCUUUUUUGCAUCCCAGUGGUGCUCAAGGAUAACUACGAUGCUGUCGGGACGAACACAACGGGGGCUUGCCUUGACCUUGCCAACAGCAAGCCGUUGGAGGAUGCCCCGACCGUCACAGCUCUGAGAAACGCCGGUGCUGUCAUUCUCGGCAAGGCAAACCUCCACGAAAUGGCUCUUGAGGGCUUGACCGUCUCGUCUCUGGGCGGCCAGACCGUCAACCCGUACGACAAGACUCGGACGCCAGGAGGAAGCAGUGGGGGGGCUGGAGCAGCGGUGGCCUCCAACUUCGCCAUCUUUGGCACGGGGACUGACACGGUAAACUCGCUGAGAAGUCCUGCCAAUGCGGGCUCGUUGUUUAGUUUUCGCCCUACGAGGGGCCUGAUUUCUCGUGCCGGAGUGAUCCCCGUCAGCUUCACACAGGACACUGUUGGCGCGAUUGCUCGCAAUCCGAAGGAUCUGGCUGUUGCGCUGACUGUUAUGGCAAGUGUGGGAUUUGACCCCAAUGAUAACGUCACGGCCUUGGUCCCGCCAGAGGUGCGGGGCAGGGACUAUUCAGCCUCGUUGUAUGGUGGUAGUCUGACGGGUCGACGGUUCGGUUUUCUAGACGGCUUCUUGAACCAUACCGCCUCUGCCGAGACGACUCCGGUCAACGAUGUCAUGGCUGACAUGGUAGAAAAGCUGAAAGGAGCCGGUGCCACAGUUGUCAACAUCACCGAAUCCAUCUACAACACUGUCACCCUUGCAGCCCUCGACGUCCAAAUCUACGAGUUCAGGGAGGUCCUCGACGCCUACCUCGCCCGGCCACGACUCGGCGGCUCCCCUCGCCCAGGCAGCUUCGCCGAGCUGUACAACAGCGGCAGAUUCCUCGUCAUCCCGGGCCAGUCAGGCAUGAUUCGAUCCUCCCUUGUCUCCUCCACCGCUAACACAGCCUAUCUCGACUCCCUCCGCAAAAUCCAGGACCUCACCCAAGCAUUGGACGCAACCUUUGUCAGGAACAACCUCGACGCGUUGAUCUAUCCCCAGCAAAAAAACCUCGUCGUCAAGAUUGGCUCCCCGUCUCAGAGCGGGAGGAAUGGGAUUCUGGCCGCGUUGACUGGGCGGCCGGUGGUUCACGUACCGGCGGGCUUCUCGCCUCCGUCGGAGGACGCGCCGAUUGGUGUGCCGAUAGGGAUGGAGAUACUGGGGAGGCCGUUUGCGGAGGGGUUGCUGUUGAAUAUCGCGAAUCAUAUUGCUGAGAAGUUUCCUGUGAGGAGGAUGCCGCCGUUUACUAAUGGGACGGUGGAGGCGAGGGCGUAUGAGAGUGUGCCGGUUAUCAGGCCGGAUACGGGGAAUAUUCCGGGGGUGUAUCCUAUUGGGGUGUUUUGA